CAAACUAACCCCUCUUCCUCCAAAACCUCGGCAGGGCUAGGGUUUUUGACGACCUCGGCUCACCUCUAAUGGCGAUCUCUCCAACGCCCAGCCUCGACAGUCUCUUCAAAAAUCAAAGGGUUUCUCUCCAAAGAACCAAUCUUUCUGAAAAAUUUUCUGAGGUGAGCCAUCGGUCAUUAAAAUCCCUUGUGGAUUGAGUUCUCCCCUUCCCUAAUUAGUCAUGAUAGCCUACAGAUUUUUUCUGAUCGCUAGUUUCUCAAGAAUGGUUCCUUGCGUUCGAGAAGGUACUGGAGGUUCUGGGAGAAACCCAUCUCGAAUUUUGCGCAAAAAUCCAAUCUUUUUCAGUAAAUCGCAGAAAUCCCAAUUUGUCACCAUUGCACAACUGCCCAAAUCUAUGCAUUUAAGAGUCUCCCAUGUCAAGAAGCAGUGCUACUCAGUAUUGAGCAUAAACCUAUCAUCUAAUUCCCAUUCGUCGUCCAAAAUCUCUCGGGUAACUCGAGUUGAUGCCCAAAAUGCUCUCUUUGAUUACUUGCAUUGUACUCGAAGUUUGCAUUACACGGAUGCCGAGCAUGUGAGCAAGAAUUCUCCUAUGUUCCUUCAGAAUCUCUUGUCAAAAGUUGAUGAUGAAGAGGACGUUGGCAGGUCCCUUACUAAGUUCCUUAGAUAUCAUCCCAUCAAUGAGUUUGAGCCCUUCUUUGAGAGCUUGGGUCUUAAAACGUCGGAGCUUCACCUGCUUCUACCGAAGAAUUUGAUUUAUCUUAGUGAUGAUGAUGUGCUGCUUGAGAAUUACCAUGUUCUUUGUAAUUAUGGUGUACCUCGGAGUAAGAUAGGUAAGAUGUAUAAAGAGGGUAUGGAGAUCUUUCGAUAUGAUUUUGGUGUUUUAUCUUUGAAACUUCAAGCUUAUGAGAGGCUUGGGUUGAGUAAACCGACCAUUAUUAAGUUGGUAACUUGUUGCCCGGCCCUUUUGGUUGGUGACAUUAAUGUGGACUUUCUAAGUGUUCUUGAGAAAUUGAAGAAUUUUGGGGUUGAACUUGAUUGGAUUAGAGGGUCUUUAUCGGACAAGAGCAAGUACGAAUGGAAUAGAAUACUUGAGAUGCUACGCUUUUUAGAUGGCAUUGGAUGCAACAAGAAGGAAUUGUCCAUGUUUAUUAAGGAGCACCCGAGAUUUGUUUUUGAUGACUCUGGAAAGAAAAUAUAUAUCCUUGUUGCAGUUUUGUUGAAAUUGGGUCUAAAAAGAGAAGAAAUCUUACUCUUUUUUGAGCAAUACCCUCGAAUCCUGACUGGAAGUUUCACAAAGAAUUUAUGGAGGUCUGUUCAAUUUUUAUCUGAGAUCGGGAUGGAAUCAAAGGAUAUUGCCAGCAUUGUCUCUAAACAUGCACAAGCUUUAGGAUCUGCUUAUUGUUUGCAGCCCAAACUUGUCUUAGAAAACUCAAAUAUGUCGGCCAAGAAAUUGUGCGAGGUUAUAAAAAAGGAUCCGAGUCAAUUCAGCGUCCUAACUUCCAGAAGAAAGACGAGCUCCACACCCUUGCCCAAAAUAGAAGGAACAUUUCUAAAGGAGAAGACCGCUUUCUUGUUGAAAUUAGGAUUUGUUGAGAACUCCGAUGAGAUGGCAAAAGCUUUAAGUAAGUUUCGAGGAAGAGGAGAUCAACUUCAAGAGAGAUUCGAUUGCCUAGUGAAUGCAGGGUUAGAUUGCCACACAGUUUCAGAGAUGGUCAGAUUAGUUCCACCCGUGCUCAAUCAAUCAACGGAUGUUGUUCAAAAAAAGCUCGAUUACCUUUUGAACGAUUUGGGUUAUACAUUGGAGUCUCUCGUUGCAUUUCCAACAUUUUUGUGCUACAACUUGGAGAAGAUAAAGCUAAGGUUCGCGAUGUAUAAAUGGCUUAAAGAGAAUGGGGUGGUGAUAGCUACUAAAAAUAGGAAGAUGGUGAGUUCUACUGUGGCAUUGAGUACUCUUCUUGCUUGCUCAGAUGCAAGAUUUGUAAAGUAUGUUGUUAGUUUGCACCCUGGAGGGGCUAAGGUAUGGGAAAGGUUAAAGAGUUCAUCUUUGUAACAAGUGUGUAUUCUUUCUUUUCCCUCUUUUGCACAAUAACAUAUAUUUAUUGCCUCAUUGAUUAUGAGUAUCAAAUAAUUCACUUAGAUUUUGGUUU